CUUACGUAUGCCAUUAACGCAAAUAACGUACUGGGUGGAGUGCUACCUAAAAAGGGCGGAGCUUUGGGUACCUGACAGUAUCCGGGGAUAUUCCUGCUUACAAGCGACAGUAUCCUAUACUUUGUGUCUUUUAUAUUACGUUUCUACUUCUGCACAGAUUAUUAAACAUUUGUAAACCUUCUUAGCGUUGAUAUGUCUGGGCUGAGAAUGCUUGCAAAGCAAGCGUACGCGGUUGACUGCCGACAUACGUUAUAAGUCUACUUGCUAUCGGAGCCCUACGCUGUAACACGGCUUGCGUCUGUUUUGGGGGUGGCUUGCCCUCGGCUGGGCCGAAGACGAUGACCCAAGCUCAAUUUGAACACACGCACCUGGGCUCCUAUUUGGUUGGAGGCUUUGCUGUUGCUUGCCUAUUCACCGACAGCGCCCAGGGAUUGAUAGCGCGUAACCAGCUUAACCGCAAGUGGCUAUUACUGUAUGGCGUCCUCUGCAUCUUCGCCUACCUGUACGCCCGCCCCUUCAUCCGGGUGGGCCUGUGGUCCGCGAAAAGGGGCUACAUCAACUUCUCCACGCUCUACAUUGUGUGGCUGUGCUCCGCCGUGUUCUACCACCUGCCCUCCCUGGAGCAGCUGGGGCUGGACGUGCGGGCGGACGUGAGCAUGCUCAUUGUGGCCUUCCUGUCCAGCCUGGCGGCCCUGGUCGCCCUGUCGGGCCUGCACACCGCUGCUGUGUACGCGGGUAUGCUGCCUCGCCGCACCCACCUGCUGGCAACCAGCGCAAGCAUCGCAGCAGCCGCGGUCACUGCAGCAGCAGCAGCAGGCGGCGGCGGUGGUGGCGGUGGUGGCGGCAGCAGGGUGGGGCUGCAGCCGCACGGCAGCAGGGGCCGCCUGGGUGGUGGCGCCAUGCAUGGCAGCAGCAGCAGCGUAGGAGGCGG